CAUGCUUCAGGCUUGCCUGACUGGAUGGCGCCAGUGACAAAGAGAGGUUACUCUCUUUCGCCAAAACAUAUCCCGCAUAUAAAAUGCCUCCCAAAGUACAACAAGGCUGGCAGGAGCUUCAGAUCCCAUCCAGGAAAGAAUGUCCAAAACUAUUCUACCUCUUCACUACAUCUAGUGACUCCUUCUUGUUAUUACUAACAGACUUGAUCUCUAUCUGGCAGUGUUCCCUAGACAAGUUUGGUAUUAUUGCUGAAGCCAAUCGGCAGAAUGCAAGUAUUGAUCCAUCCGACUCGGACACCCAGUUUAAGGUACUCCUGUCAAAGCUAUCCCAAAGUUUGCAGGGAGGUCAGAAUGCCCUGGCUCGUGAUGACAAACGUACAUCCAAUGAUCUACACCUCAUCACCAAAUGUAACCUUCCACGACCGCUCAAGCCUCUAAAAUGGACCUUCAGGGCCUCUCAGCAGGACACUUCUGAAUUGGCGGAACGUCUUCUUCGGCCGAGCUUACACGAGGUUUCUGUAUUAGAAGCAAAGAUCGCCUCUCUGCUGGAGAUUAUCAGAGAAAAGGACCACAUCAUUUCACGCCUUCUUGAUAGAAUAGGGACCUCGGGCGUCGACUUGGGUUUGAUUUUCCCUAGCAUAAGUGGCCUUGCUUCUCGGAAAGGCGGCCAGCUCUCAGCAAGUGAUGCUCAAAAGCACGUUCCUGGGAUGGCCACUUUUGACGAGAAAUCUUGGAUCAUGCAGUUUGCCACCGAAGAUGGAUAUGAGGGUUUUGACAGCACCGGUUUGAAAAACUUGGUCAGUGGUUGUGAAAAAUGUUUCGCUCAUACACGAGAACAGCACGAGGGAUGGCUCCGAACUUUGCCUUCAUCCAACCAGCUCGAUAAAAUGGAAGGAGAAACCAACGACUCAACUUCGUCUACAGCACCGGAGGGACAGGCAGAAUCCUCUGUGAAAAGGAGCUCACGGCCUUCCUGCGACACUACAGGUUCCGACGGAGACUUUGAGCGGCAGCCAACUCCGCCCAGAUCUAAGAAAGCCGGGUCCAGCCCAAAAACCACUUCCCCACCAGUCUCCCCGGCCAAACAAGAUGAAGGCUCUACAGAUGAGACUGACCCCGAACAGACAAGGCCUAAUAAAAGGAGGAUAGGCGGAUUACGACGCACUCACGCCACCAAAGUAUCCAGUGACAAAACAAAGUCACCAUCAUCACCUAAGAAGCCGGCAGCGUCGUCUUCACACCGAGCCUCGAGCGCUUCAUCAGGAACACCCACCGCCAGCGAGACUCAAUCCGAGUCUGAAACGGACCAACGAAAACAACACCAGAAUUCUAUAAAUGCACAGCCAACACAAAAAGCUGCAAAUACUGAGAGUCAUACCAACGGCAAACGGCGGCUGGGAAGACUUGGGAAGCGAGAAGAGUCCAUUUCGCCCACGCGAUCAUCAUCCACUGGCCGCUCCCCAUCACCUCGUCGCAAGGCAACUAAAGCUCCAGAUGCUAAACAAGACUCCAAGACCUCGACGCCUUUGUCAAAUCGCCGUCUUGGCCGCCUGAACAAACAUUCAGCACCGAGCCCGGAAGCGUCAUCGGACGAGGACGAUGAUUUGGAUGCACCUCCCAAAACCCGGUCCCAGAAAGUUAAGCAAUCGCCCAGAAGACCUUCGACACCACCUCGCCGCCUGGGACGUUUGAAUCGCAAGUCUCGACGCGAAGACAAAUCACCGUCGCCAACUGAAACGCCCCGCUCGACGAAGAGGACGCCAUCAUCGCGCUCCAAGAUAGACGCAGAUGGAGACAUUGCUAUGCAAGAGGGGAAGGACUGUGAUACAGACGCAGAGACCAACACCGAUACCGCAGGUUCAUCGUCUGACACACCGGGCGCUGCUCGAUCUGCCGCUGGUCAGACGAAUGUCACUAUACCAGCAGCUGACACUACUGGCGGCUCAUCCACCGCACAACAACCCGAGCAAGAGGAGACAGUCGAGCAGAGAGCCGAUCGACGCCGCGUCGAAUUGAAGAGGAACAUUGCCGAGGGUGUUGGCGUGAAGAAGAAGCGCCGCUUUUGAGACACGUGGAAAGGAAGGCUAAGAUGCGGCUUCUAGACGGCUUAACCACCAAGAGUGAGAGCGUGGACCAAGUGAGCAGAGACUGAAAUUACAAUUCCGACUUGCAAAUUCACAGGCUUUUGGCUAUUUGCUGGGCAACAUACACCAUGAUUGGGAAACCCGAAAGAGUAACAAAAGAAGCUGGUAUUUCUGUGCUCAUGAUUGCAUGCUGUUCCUCAAGCUGUUACCACCCAAAAUUACUUCCAGCCUCGUUGUCUCGUUGCUCAUUACUUGUCAUCGCUCCACCAUGACAAAGACUCGACAAUUUUCCAGCCCGACAUCCACCCGCACCACACACAUAUCAGAUUGACUGUACAGUCGUCAUGCC